AUGAAACCCGAACCUAGCAGGCGAACCGAUUGGCGCGGCAGCGUACCCAUGGAUGUCACAUUUGAUGAGCUGGUACAAGACUCAGAAAAACUUCUUAUGGAUGUUCAGGGCUAUAGUGACCUUCCCUACAUCACAAGGAGUCUGGACCAGAUACGUAACCUUGGAGAUAAGCUUUAUUUAUCACGUGGUCCUCGCAGCGAUGUGAAGGCUGCUCGUUUGCUUGGCAACAAAAUGAGCUAUGAACUUCCGGCACAUCUUUCGUCGAAACUGGAAUCAAUGAGUACAAUAGCCUUAGCAGAUGGUGUGGUCCCAUCGACCAAGCUGGACAUACAGACAUUUUUGAAGACUGAACGCGAAAAUGCACUUCUUAACGUUAUUUCUAUGACACAGGAAUCGCUAGUUGAAAGUAUCCAUUCUCGAACUGCCGCCUAUCUUCGAUCAUGGUGGGAGCAGGAAGCAACUGGCGUACUAUCGGCCCUGGCUGGUUCUUCUGGUCCGCUGGAUACCGACCUUUUAUACCACCAUACGAGUGUCAAAGAUGGCGCGACACCGUUCAGUCCUUUGGGUGGUGAGAUUAUGGGACGAUUGAUCAAUAGAACACGUGAUGAGCUCGCCUACUCGAAACAGGUGGACCAAUAUCUAAGCGUAUCAGCUAAUUACAGACCAGAGUACGGCUCGUCCACAUUUUCUCAAGCGGAGGAUCCGACGAACUUGCUUCUUUUUCUUGCCGAAGCGAACAGUGGUACUGCAGAUAAUAGGCAGGUUUCAGGAUGUGGUGAUACUGCCCAUUCUGAUCUGAUCGAAGUCUGGAAUCUGGUCAAACGUUUCGCUGAGUCGAUCCAAGUUAUGCGCAAGUCCAACUCUAUUCCUGCGGCCUCACCUCAUCAUGUUGCGGAGACUCGCUCCUGCGCUGCCUUUCAGCGCCAGUUGAUUGAGUGUUCGCUGAGCCAUCUCGAGGCAGAGUUCGUGACCUUUUUAUGCACUACCAUUUCCACUCAUCCGCGUGUAGCCAAAUUGGGUGGUCGUCCCGGGACCCGUUCAUUCGUCAAGGCUUUUCUAAAUAUGCAGCUGCCGAAUCAUAUUCCCUCAGAUGCUGGAGCGAAGAAAAAUACAGCCGACGGAUCGUUGAUGAUGGAACCACAACCAGACUUCACGGAGAACACCUUAGAGAACUUUGCCGCUAUUCUUGAAGAAUAUGUCAACGGAGGACGGCACUUGUCAGUGGCCACGCGGACUAGGCUUCGUCAAACCGCUUUACAGGUUCUGAAAGCCUCGAGAGACCCGUACAAGAGACUCAUUUUCUCCAUCCUUGGCUUGGGACCUUCUGCCGAAAGUCAUUCCGAAGUGGCGCAAAGCAUUGACGAUUUUCUCUGGGUUAAGCUUUCUCAAGUUGCUGCACAACUCACUGACUCGUCAUCAAGUGUGGCAACUUGGAACUCAUUUGACGAUCCACUAACUCUCGGUCAACUCCAGACACUAUUGUAUGAGACUUAUGGUGAAGUCCAUUUUGAUGCCUGGUCGCAGCCCCUUGUCUACUUCAAGCUUUUAUGCCUGACCCAGCAAUUCGAAGUUGCAAUAGCCUUUCUGGCUCGAUUCGAAGCUCUCCGUAGCCACGCUGUCCACGUUGCGCUCGGUUUACACACACAACACCUUUUGCUUUUAUCGGACUCGCUACAAUCACCACUCGUCAGCAGAAACGAUUCGGACCCGAUUGCCUUUCGUCGUCUCAAUCUUGCUCGCGUCAUCAUGUUGUACACCAGAAAGUUUGAAAUCGAAAGUCCACAGGAAGCGCUGAUGUACUAUCAUUUUCUGGCAGACAUCCCCUCUGAGACAGUCGAGAACAUUGAUGAUUCGGAACGCGAACGAUUUUCCACGGGGACCGCCGAGAAGACAGUUUCUCAAAGCCUUUUCGUCACUUGCGUCACAGAGCUUGCAUUGGCAACGAAACAAUUUGACGAAUUGUUAGGCUUUGUGACCGAAUCGGGUGUUCGUAAACCAGGUGCCAUAGACCGCUACUGCCAGACUCUAAGUGCUCGACAGGAUGUCAUUACAGUUGUGGCUAGUGCGCUGGAAACCCGAGGUCAGCUGAUCGACGCCAUAUCAUUGUACCAGUUAGCGGCCAGCAACGGUAGCUCGCAGACCCACUACUAUCGAAAGGCUAUUUCGCUAACCAACUAUUUGCUUGCUGGCCUGGUGUAUACUGAUGAUAGUCCAGCUUCAUCAUCUGUGACGGGUCCUAGAACCACGACUGGGCAUCCGGAUCGAGGUUUGGUAAUACGAAUUGCGACAAAACUUGCACACAAAGUGCGGGAGUCUGAUGCAAUGUUCGAGGAUAUGCUGUCUAGUUCAAUUCAUGAAACUGAUGACCAGUUCGUUCCGGACUAUCAGAUGUCAAGCUCCAAAGCCCUGUUUUACUUGCUUGAUCUCGCUACGUUCUUCGAUCUAGCUCAAGCUGACCACCAGUGUCAGGCAGCGAUUGAUCACAUGGAUCAGCUUGGCCUGUUCCCGUCCAACCCACAAUUCGCCGAAGUGGAAGCCAAAGUCAGUCUUUUUAGUCAGCUCCCAGACUAUGUGCGACGUCCGCUUCCCAGGGCAUUGCUAGUCCUGAUGCGUUGCCUUCUUCGUGUUGUUGACAGAUAUCGAGGUAGCAAAACUCAGCUGAGUUCUUCAAUGCAAGCCGUUGAUGACUCGGUUGCACAGCUUACUUUAUCUAACGUUCGUAACCGAGCCAAGGCCCUCGUUGCCUAUGUGGGGCGAAUACCGUAUAAGUUGCCGGGCGAUGUCUAUACUCGUAUCACACAAAUGCACAUGGAAUUAAUGUGAGCUUCAAAGUAUUUCCAUCAAGCGCUUUACGGAAUCCGCUGCAUUUUUGAACUGUUUUCAAUGAUGAAACUGAUAUAAAUAUAUAUAUGUGCC